CACCUCCCCCUUCGUUGGAUCCACGUGUGUCUUUGUCGGGAGGCUCCGCAUUGUUGUACUGGCUGCGCGUGCACACCGGAUUGGUAUUUCUUUUACAGGAGUUAUUAAAUCAUAAGGGUAAGCCAUGCCGUCUGUCCCCUCAACCAAAGAGACCACCGUGUGCCCUCACGCCACCAAGCUGCUCACCCACACCAACGGGGAGGGCAAACUCCGGGAGGAUUUGUUCCCACUGAACGGCGUCGACAUAAACAACGUCCCCGCUGAGAGGAAAUGGAUCCGGCCCGACCUCCCCAGCCGCUGCACGUGGAGCCUGGGAGCCUCAAAAGCCGAGUCCCCUCACACACAAGUCCCAAGAGUCGUCGCUCCAACCAUUCUACCAAACAUCCUGCACAGGAUCGGUGACACUCCCCUGGUCCGCAUCAACAAGAUCCCCAAAGUGUUUGGACUCAAAUGCGAAUUAUUGGCCAAGUGCGAGUACUUCAAUGCAGGUGGGAGUGUCAAGGACAGGAUCAGCCUGCGGAUGGUGGAGGACGCCGAGGCAGCCGGCCUCCUCAAGCCUGGAGACACUAUUAUAGAGCCCACCUCUGGAAACACUGGUAUUGGAUUGGCCCUGGCUGCAGCUGUAAAAGGCUACCGCUGCAUCAUUGUCAUGCCUGAGAAAAUGAGCAUGGAGAAGGUGGGUGUCUUGAGGGCACUUGGAGCCGAGAUCGUCCGCACACCCACCAGCGCUCGCUUCGAUUCACCGGAGUCUCACGUCGGCGUCGCGUGGCGCCUUAAAAACGAAAUCCCCAACUCUCACAUCCUGGACCAGUACCGUAACCCGAGCAAUCCUCUGGCCCACUACGACACCACAGCUGAGGAGAUCCUGGAGCAGUGUGACGGUAAACUGGACAUGCUGGUGGCAGGAGCAGGAACAGGGGGGACGAUCACAGGUAUCGCCCGCAAACUUAAAGAAAGAUGCCCCAACAUCAAAAUUGUUGGUGUUGACCCAGCAGGCUCCAUCCUGGCGGAGCCAGACGAGCUGAACAAGACCGAUAAGACCCAGUACGAGGUGGAGGGCAUCGGGUACGACUUCAUCCCCACCGUGCUCGACAGAUCCGUAGUUGACACCUGGUACAAGUCAGACGACGACGAGUCCUUCAACAUGUCUCGCAUGCUGAUGAGAGAGGAGGGCCUGCUGUGCGGUGGCAGCUCUGGGACAGCCAUGGCAGCUGCAGUGCACGUCGCCAAAGAGCUGAAGGAGGGCCAGCGCUGUGUGGUCAUCCUGCCAGACUCCGUCCGCAACUACAUGUCCAAGUUCCUGAGUGACAAGUGGAUGAUCCAGAAGGGCUUCCUGAGUGAGGAGGACCUCAUGGUGAAAAAACCAUGGUGGUGGAACCUGAAGCUGCAGAGUUUGAACCUGUCCGCCCCGCUCACCGUGCUGCCUACCGUCACAUGUCAGAGGACCAUCAAAAUCCUGAAGGAGAACAGCUUCGACCAGGCGCCCGUGGUGGACGAGGCUGGGGUAAUCCUGGGCAUGGUGACUUUGGGGAACAUGUUGGCUUGUAUUCUAGCAGGGAAGAUCAAGGUGUCCGACCCCGUCAGCAAAGUGCUCUACAAGCAGUUCAAACAGAUCCGUCUGAAUGAUAAUUUGGGAAAGUUAUCCCGCAUUCUGGAGACUGACCACUUUGCCCUGGUGGUACAUGAACAGAUCCAAUACAUGACGGACGGCUCUCCGUGUCUGAAGCAGAUGGUUUUCGGGGUGGUGACGGCCGUUGACCUGCUCAACUUUGUCACGGGCCGGGAAAGGAGAGAGCGAUCCAUGUCGGAGUCCACCGACGAGCUGAACUGAACUGAUCCAAACCACUUGUACAUUUCUCACGCUUACAAAACAAACGCAAUAAACAGUUUGGUAGAUGUCUUUUCAACAUGGCAAAUAAUCUUGUGAAUGUUUUUGAUUGAGGUUGCCAUUUAAAAAAAUAAAAAAUAAAAAAAUACAUUUGAACUGGAGUCUUAUGCUCUUAUGCAAAAUAUGUCUUUACCACUAUGUCAACUUGUUAUAGGGUUACUUAUUAUUUGAAACAGUUCAUUAUUACUUGGUUGUAGUGCUCAAAACAAAUCUUUUGAAGUUUGUAACUUGUAGAAAGUUUUUUGUUUUCUAGGCAUCUGUGUAUCUGAUUUAUUCGUCUGAACACUACAAGAUGGUUUCGCUGUGACCUUUUGUGUCCAUCAAACUUCAGAUAUAUGACAGGAUAGUAUAAAAUCCACAUUCAUUUCAUUUACAAAGAAUAGUAGAUAGCUGUACAUAUGCACAUUAUCUUUCCAGUGCUGCUCAUAAUGUGUUGCCUUUUCAUUUGUGUUGUGCAAACACAAAAACAGUAACGCAUGGGGAUGGUAAUCUGAUUUAUUUAAAAUUAUGUGGCAUUCUUACCUUUUCCUUUUUCCACAACACCUUGACUUAACUGUGAUGUUGCCUUGACUAUUUAAUCUAAACUGUGUCUGAAACGUUUUGUAUUGCAUAAUUUUUCCUCAAUGAAUGUGUAUGAUUAAAUAAAGCUUAAAGGAAUUA